AUGAAGACGCUGGUUUUACAGUUAAUGCUCUUGACCUUGCUGAAAAAUGGUCUAUGUGGAACCGUCAGAGAACCUAAUUCAAACUCAUCUGAACCUAAAGAUAUGUACGUGGUCCGAGCUACGGUGUACCAAGUUGGUAUCCUAACGAAUAAAACUGACGAAGCAAUGGAAAGGGAACAAGGCAAUCAAGAAGCAAUCACCUUCUACCAUCACAACGGAGCGGCUGUGAACUUGAGUGGCAUCUCUAACCCCCUUAUGACCAAUGUGACCGCGCAGAGCAUGGUCGGAGUGGCACCAGUCGCAGAAGAUGGAAACCAAUCCAACAGGAUCUUGCCGUGGUCUACAUUGGAGAAGUUGGCGGCGAUGCAGCCUGCGCCAAAUAUAUCUGGAAAUUCAAAACAGCCGAUGGUUACGCAGCUAUCUUCAAAAUCCAAGCGGGAUGUUGCUAGUGUGCCUGUGAAAGUCGUCAAUGGUGUCGCAAUGAUCCCUCCUGAGAACGGAGUGCAAUCAUUAGCCCUCCCUCCACUUUUGGCCCUCAACAACAACCUCUCCCAAAUACCGGUACCUAUACCGAAUACAUCCGUAGUGCGCUACGCAAAAAUCAACACGUUGGUUAAAACUCCAUGA